AUGUCGACGGCAAAACAUUAUUUGAAGCUCGCCAAGGGUGCAAUUGACAAAAAUGACCCAGAGCUUGCAUUGGAGUAUGUUCAAGAUGUGUUGGAAGCCGACAAGAACAACUUUUUUGCCUUCCUUUUCCAAGGUAAAUCGUACCAACUCAUAAACGACACAGAUCAAGCCAUAAAGGCUUUUCAGAAAGCCACCCAAUUACAACCAGAUAACUUGCUUGGGUGGAAAGGAUAUUUUCAAGUGGUUAGUGAGCUGGGCGUCCAUGAACUUUUUUUCCAGGUUUUGGCGCAGUAUUUACAAGUUGAAGCUGAGCAGGGCCAGGGUUUAGGCCAAACGUUAAGAAAUGCGUCAAAUUACAUUAAAAAGCACAAUCUCAAAGGAAAGCCAGACCUCCAUGAGUUGUUUUUAUCGCACGUGAUUCCAGGUACCAAGCUUCAUGAGCUUGCUCCUUCGUACUUCGGAAGAGAUGAAGAUAAUUUACAGAAGUUGGUAGACUUGGUGUUUAAGAAGGAAAAUGAAUUGGUGGUGAAGGCUUGCUUCAAAGAAAGAAUGAAGUUCCCGAAACAGCUCAGCUAUGACCAGCAAGACCUUAUGAAUAACAUAAUAUGGCCCAUUUACAAAAACUCCAAAUUGUCAGAUUACUUUGACGAGUUUUUAAACAUUUGCAAUGAUGACGACAAAAGAAAGAAAUACCAAGAACUCUAUUUCCAAUACAAAUAUGACGUUUUGAAAGUGUCCCCAAAGAAGUCCAAGUCCAAAAUAUUACAACAAGUAAAAGAUAUGUGUGACGACUUGAUUCUUUUAAACAUCCCCAGUCAUUUUGUAUGGAGUAAAUACUUUGAUUUGCUCGACGUCAAGGAUUUCCGUGAUUUAGAUAAAGACCAGGUGAUCUUCUGUAUAAAGAACUUCCAAGCUGAGGGCCUUGGGAUCCUUUUUUAUGGGCUUGUCCACAGCGAGAUUUCUCCGUUCAACAGAGACGAAAUCUCGAAGGAAGUGAAAAUUGAAACAGAAACAGAGGUAGAGGAAGACGAGGAUCAAGACCUCAUAAAUCUCAUGGAAACUAAAGAUGACGGGCCAUCCCGCUUCUCGGCAGAACAGAUUUUAGAGCUCAUAAAGGAGGGUUCUUCCAAGUUAGACUCGGUAUUUUCCAAGCGAAUCUUGAUAGACUAUUACCUCCAUAUGAGAGAGUAUUUGGGAGCUUCUGACAUUUGCCGUGUUGGUAUAAAACUUCUUGCAGACAUGCAGCAUGCAAUUGGAGUUGACUUGGUCAACUCUAGAGCGUCCGUCGUUUGUUCUCUAGCCGUGGUAUAUACUUAUCAUGAAGCACCCAAAAACUAUAGCAGAGCAUUGGAACUCUAUGAAAGAAUCUUGGAACUCGACAAGCAUAACAAAAGAGCAAGAAUUGGGAAGGGGUUAAUUCUCUUGGAGAAGGGAAACCUUUCUGUUGCAAAGAAGUUAUUAACGCAAGCAUUCAACGACUUUCCAGACGAUUCGGAUGUAUUGAUGGAGCUAGGAUGGUGUGAGGUUCAGCUAGGAAAUCACCAGGUUGGAAGAACGCAUUUGGAGAAGUCGCUCAAGUCAUUGACUGGAUUGGAUAUCCAAAGCUGUGAAUUGAGAGCCUCUAUUAACUGGAGAAUCGCCCGAAGUUAUAUACUCGAGAAACCCGACAAUGUGGAUGUUCCCUAUCAGCUUUUGAUCAAGUCUUUGAAGGAGUAUAACAGCUUUGCUCCUUCCUACACGGCUCUUGGUAUCAUAUACUUUGAGGUGUAUGGGGAUAAAGUGAGGGCCCAAAAGUGUUUUUACAAGGCGUUCGAGUUGGAUAUCGCUGAAGUGGAAUCUGCCAAAUACUUGGUCACUGACAUGACCAGCAAGAAAGAGUGGGAAGUUGCUGAAAUCUUAUGUUCCAAAAUUGUUGAUACAGAAAGAGCUCGUAAAGCCUUGAGUUCCCAGCAAGACAAGUCAUGGCCCUAUCGAGUCUUAGGGUGUUCUGCUUUGAACAAACAAGACGAUGCCAAAGCCAUCCAAUGGUUUCAAACUGCUUUGCGAAUGGCAUCUAUGGAUUUCGAAUGUUGGGUGGGUCUAGGUGAAGCUUACUACAAUUGCGGAAGAUUUGAUGCUGCUCAAAAGGUGUUUGAACGAGCCUUGACUCUCAAGGAAGAGGAAUCUUGGCAAAUUACAUAUAUGUUGGGAAAAGUCUUGUGUGACACCAAAGAGUUUGAUGACGGAAUCGAGAAGUUGGAAAGAGCUCUUGAAUUGAGACCAGGUGAAGAAUGUGUUGUAAAUGCAUUGUUCCAGGCCAAGAUUGAGCAAAUCCAAAAGCUUUUACCCAAUGGGUAUUUUGGAAGGGUGUUGGAUAUCAACCGAAACGUCUUGGAGUUGGUCAAGCAGUGCAGCAAGAUUAACAAGAAGACACAGUCGUUGUGGUUGGGAUUAUAUCACUGUCUUCUGGUGUAUCUAAAGAUCCAGUCCAACUUGGAGGACUUUCCUCUAGCAGAAGUGGAAGAUAUCUUCAACGAGUUCAAGGACGAGACUUUCACAGAACCAUUUUUACAAGAAUUGAAUCAGAUCGAUGACAAUAUUAACCUUCAAGGCUGUAGUGAUAUCUUCAGAAACGGAAAGCAUGUCGAGGGUAUUACAUCCUUGAUUAUCUUCAACUUUAAAGUUUGCAUUCACUUACUACCCGAACAAGGUAGAUACAUGAGAUCCAUCAACUACUACAAUUUAGGUUUGGCAUAUUACGAAGCAUUCAAUCAUUGUGAAAAGGAAAACCUUCGUACUGCAGCUAUCAAGUGUUUCAAGAAAGCGGUUGUCCUAGAAGGCAAAAACUCAAGUUUCUGGAUUGCUUUGGGAAAUGCCUACUCUUCAUUCAGCCCACAGAUCAGUCAGCAUUGUUUCAUUAAGGCCACGGCUUUGGAAUCAAGAGAUGGGGACAUUUGGAACAACCUUGCUGCACUUUACUUGAAAUACGGAGACGUGGAAUUGGCCCAGCAAGCAUUUUUAAGAUCCCAGUCGGUGGCUCCAGAACAAUCCCAAGCAUGGUUAGGACAUGCAUUGGCGUCGAAAGCAUCAGCAGAUGUGGAAAAGGCUCAUAGCUUGUUCAACCAUGCGUAUAUCUUGUCCAACGGCCGGUCGCCUUUAGCCCAGCUUUUGUACGCCUUAUCGAUCAUCAGCAAGCGGGUAGGCAACAACUCAAGUCCUGAAGAUAUAGAAACAGCACAGGACUUUAGUAUUGCCAACUUUGCCAUUCAAAACUAUCUCAAGUUCUACCCCAAGGACAAAAUGGGGUUGAAGGUAGCCUUGACAAUCAGUGAACGUUGUAAGACCUUUGAUUUGAGCAAAGACAUUGGCCAACGGUUGUUAGUGAUCUUGGAAGCUGAAUACGAGGAAACCGAGAGUCCCCAAAUUCUUCAAGAAUUCGUCAACACCAAGGUCCAAGUGGCCAGAAUCCAUUUGGCACUCGGCGACUACGCUCAAGCAGUACAAGAAAGUGAAAUGGUAUUGGGUCUCAUCGAUGAAACUGAUGCCCUAGAUAUCAACAAGCGCAACCUCUUGUCUGCUCGUAUAACCAUCGGAUUAGCCCAUUUUUUCGACAAGGACUUGGAAAAGUCUGUGGAGCAGUUGAAGGCGAUUUUGGUGGAGUACAGCCAGUAUGAAUGGCUUGUUACCUUGACGGCUCAGAUGUUGAAUGCUUUUAAUAGUCCUGACACCAAACAAGCGGCUUUAGACCAAUUGUUCUCGUUCAUUGAAGACAGCGACACCGAGUCUUCGUUAAUCAUAGUGCUCACUCUAGGCGCCAUCGCCUUGAAAGACGGACUCGAGGACAUUUUACCAGCAGUCAAAGACGAGCUCCAUGGACUCUCAUUAACACAAAUAGUGGGAGAUACCCACAAAUACGUACCCAAGAUCAUACAAGAGAUCAGCCUGCGACUCGGCCAAUCCCACGAGUCCAAGAUCUGGGAACGGACGGCCAUUUUGUUUCCCCAGGACUUUAAUGUGUGGAAGAACAUCAAUAGCCAAUUGGCGCUCCAGAUUGCCAACUUACAAGAGACAAAACUCACUUCCUUAGACAUGAGCGACGCUCUUGUUGCAUACGGACGGUUCCGAGACGUCCAAAGAAGCAUUGUGCUAGCUCCACACAACGCCAAUGCGUGGGCCAGUUUCUAUCUGGUUAGUUCUCCUAAGUAG